CUACAAUACAUUUACUUUCAGUUUCAUUUCUGCGUAAACACCGACCGAAAAUGUUCACUGGCUGGCUUCGGCAGUUUCCUUUCUCCAGGGAGGCGCGGGAGAGAGGCAUCCGACAUCAGAUUCAGUUGCUGUCAUCCGAAGCAGUUCGAGCAAUAGAGGAUGCAGGUCUUGACGAAAUAGAAAUACUCGACUUGUCUAGGCAAGACCUACAGGAACUGUUGCCUGGCUCACGUCAUUUCAAGCUUCGAAGAAAGAUUGCUGAGCUGAUCAACGCGGCUAAACAGGGGCCACCCAAGGAGUCACCUGACCUUGACAGUUCAGAUGGGUUAGUCCAAAGGCUGAGGGAUCUGAUAUCAAGAGAUCAUGUGCAGAACUCCCCAGUGGCCAGUGCGGUGCUGGAGGACUACCUCCACAUCCUGCGGGACACGGAGCAGCAACUGGCCUGCUGCUUGGAGCUGCUGCGGCAGCGUGUGAAGCAGCUGGAGGACCUGAGGCAGCCUCCCUCUCCUCCUCCUCCUCCUCCUCCUGCUCCUGUGCAACAUAAUAACUGCCAUUUCGGAGCGGCUGCUGUGUGUCCGGUCCCUCCUUUCAGGAACGAAGCGCAUCCUACCUCUCCAGUGCCUAUCCAUUCUCUGGUGUAUGGGAAGACCCUGGGCUUCCACGCGGACGUGCUGAGGCGAGUGGGGGUGGGGCUGGCGAUGCGGGAGGCGGAGCUGGAUGAGUGCCAGGCGGUGCUGCUCUUCUGCCCCGUGUUCUCACGCACAGGGACAGACAUCGAUGCUGCCCUCAACGCUGCUCCUCGAAACAAAGAUGUUGUCAUGGUGAUCAUGCACUAUACUUAUUACCCCCAGCAAAGCCUGACUCGGACUAACUCAAGCUACCCAGCCAACAUCUGCACAGUUGCCCACAUAUUUUUCCAUGACUCCGGUCUUCUUAGCUGUGAAUCUAAUAGACAAGCCAUAGCUGACAUUGAGGCUGCCCUAAAAAACUACACGAGUGUCCAUUAGAAGGCACCAUUUUAGUUUCCACUGUUUAUACACAUGAUGUAGAUGCUGUAUAAUGUACUGUAUUGAAGAAGUACUGUACAUAUUGAAGUAUUAAUGUAUAAAAAAAGUAAUACAAAAUGUAAGUAACGAAGUUGAUCGGAGGUACAGUAAAUGGUUGCAGGCAACAAUGUGGGUGACGGUGACCUGUGGGAGAUGUCAUUUAAAAACAUUUAGUCGACAAUAGGCUACAAGUCUACAAUUGUGCAUGCUUGUGCAUUUCUGCCUCAAAAGGCCCUUUAACACUUAUAAACUACUGUUUGCAAAAGAUAAUUCAGGUGUGUGCUAGGGGUGUUAAUAAUCAUCGAUUUGAAUUGAUGCAUCAAUCCUACAGCUGACAAUUCAAAUGAUUGAUUUGUCCACAAGAGAAUAGAUUACCGGUAAUUGUAAUUUAUCGCUUUUUGUUAUUAUUGCACUCAUUUUGUGAGGCAUUUUAUUUGCUCAUGCAGUAACAAUAAUACAGACUGUAAUAAUGCUCCUCCUCAAAUAAAAUGCACACAGCUAUUUUA